GCACCCACGAGGAAAUCUCGGGCGAAAACAUGGAUGCGAAGUGGAGCUGAAAGUACUGAAAGGAAUCAAUAGUUUAAAAUUCGCUGUAAAUUAACACCGCAACAGCGCUUCCCAGCGACCGACACAGAUACAGCGACGCAACGCCAGCGGUACGCUGCGCCAGACAGACCUCAUGCGUGCACACCACGCUCGUUUCUCGCCGUUGGACGUUUAAGACGAAUGACCAAGAAGAGAAGAUGACCCGCUGGGCAAGGAGCAAAAGUGUCCUAAAGCAUGAACGGCAGCCAGGCGAGGCUACCACUUGGUCCGAGUUUGUAGCACAGCGGCAGGAGGCUACGAAACCAAGUUGUGCACGUCGUGAUGGCAGUGGAGCUACAAGGUUGUUGAACACUGAUAAGAAACAUCCCAACGGUAACAACCUUGAUAUCAAGAGGAAGCUGACAAGCACAGAUUGUGGUGGUGCUGAAGACGUUGCUUACCGUGGAGGUGCAGCUGCUGAUGUGGUCCCUCUAAAAAGAACAGCGGCAGUGUCAAGUAACAGGACUACACAACAUGUCAUCAGAAAUAACAGCAACAUACAGGCUAAAGGCAGAAAUGCUAUGAAAAGAAAAGAAGUUGUAGUGUAUGACGAAGAAGCAGAAGCACUUGAGAAGUUGUUGCAGAAGUACAGAAAAACUGAACCAGACCUUCCAGUUGCACAAAAGACAGUGGAGGUAGCUCCUGAAAAAAGACUUGCUGUAGUGCCAGCGCCAAGUUCCAGUACGACGGGCAGUACAGGUAGCACACUUCGUAGAGAGGUUGCGAAAAAAAGAUCAUCACCCAGUGUAAAAAAGAAAGCCUGUUUGCUUAAAACAAACACUUCUGCUACUGCAAUUGCUGUGCCAGCCUCAAAGAACCAACCCUCGCUCUCCACUGUAACUAAGAAAUGUGGUGAUAUAAAGGAGGCUCAGUCUUCUGGUGAAAUGUUAAAAGCAAGAAAAAAGAAAAUCAUUGCUAAGAAGCUUCUCCCAUCGGUCCGGGAGAAGCUUCCGGUUCCGGCCAAAAAUGAAGGGAAGUUCGGAAGUUCUGACUCUGAGAGAUCAGGUAAAGUUAGGGAAACUCUCGGUCAGAAAGCUGAUGCACCAGUCAUGAAGGAGGAGGCCUUGCCCAUUGAUGAAAAUGAAAAGGACAGUGAGGAAGAGGAAGAGCAGCCUGUGUUGAAGAAGCCAAGAACAGGUCAGCACAUAGAUGGUAGUGGCAGUGGCAAAGCCAAGCGACUGCAGCGGAUGCGCCAGGAGCGGGAGGCCAAGGGCAUGCUGCUCCUGCCAGAAAAGGUAGAACGGCGCAUCUACCUGACGAAAAAGGCCAUGCGCAAGAAGGGCCUUCCUGGAGAGCAGAUCAAGGACGCUGUGCGCAAGAUGCGUCGAAAGGAAGAGCUGCUGUUUCGCAGGCAGCUGGCCAAGCUAUGCUUCAAAUGUCGUCAGCCUGGCCACAGGGUGUCCGACUGCCCUCAGAUGCUUCAAGAUUCCAGCGAAGGCAUUGGAAUUUGCUUCAAGUGUGGAUCUACAGAGCACUUCUCAUCUGCGUGCACAGUUCAGACAAGCAAAGACAAUGAGUUCCCAUAUGCCAAGUGUUUCAUCUGCAAGCAACAGGGGCACCUGAGUCGCAAGUGCCCGCGUAAUGAUAAAGGGGUGUACCCAAAAGGAGGUCACUGCAAUUUCUGUGGAGGUAUUGACCAUUUCAAGAAGGAGUGUCCCGAGAUGGAGAAGAAUAAGAGUAAAACCGGUGAAGAGAGUGAGGUUGCAGCUGACAUUGCGAGCAUUGGCCUGAGUGCUGACGCCGAGAACAUUGUGCCAUUACACCAGGACAUCGUGGUAAAGAAGGAGAAAGUGAUCAGCUUCUGAAGCUAAUGUUGCCUACAAAGUUGGCCACACACCCUUGUAUUGAAACUGUCAAGUUUCAUAAAGAAGUCCCUGAAGGAAAACUGCCAUUUCAGUCAACAUGAGAAUGGUAUUAAUUGCAUGGAUUGCUCAUAAUAGAGCUUACAAUAUUGAACAAUCUUUGUGACUUGCAUUGUAAAGCAGUGAUUAAAUUAAGCUGUUUGAAUCCUGCCAACUAUUUGUUCUUGGAGCUUUCUUCAGAAUAUGUUACAAACCUAGCAAAAAAAAAAAAAAAAUAAAAACUAUUCACCCUAAAAUGGAUGCUGCUAUUUAAGUACUAUUACCCAGAUUUAUUGACAUGCAUACAUACAUACAUACAUACAUACAUACAUACAUACAUACAUACACAAAAUUGUAAUCAUUCAUAUAAUGCACAGAAUUUUUUUAAAUAAUUAGAACUUGAUUGAUAUGCAUGGAGCUGUUUCAUGGGACUCUUUUUGGGUCUUGAAAAUAAACAUCCUUUAAUAUGGC